UCAAAACAUUGAAGCCUUAAAAUGAAUCAAAUGACGUUGCUUGUGAUCCUCGCAAUUCAAAUGUUUAGAGUGGCAGCUCAAGAGAAUUGGCUGGACUUGGAUUACACCACAAAGGAGAAAUUUUCUCAAAGUGAUUGGCCGAGUGUGUGUAGAACCGGCAAUAAACAGAGUCCCAUUGAGGUGAUCGAGGAAUAUGCCAUACACGUACCCACGAAGCUGAGCAUAGUGAACGAUUCCGUGGAACAGCCCCAUUUGGCCCUGCUCUACAACGGCUAUGUGGUGAUUAUGUACAACUUUACGCACAGCAUUCGGCUGAGUGGCGUCAUGGAGUUCAGGGACCUGAGCUAUGUGGCGGAGCAGAUCCACUUCCAUUGCGGGGCCGAGCAUGUGCUGGAGCACGAGCGCCAUGACAUGGAGGUGCAAAUCGUGUUCCGCAGCGAGUCUGCAGCCAAUCUGGCAGAGGCCCUGAACCAGACGAAGGGUCUGGUCAUCGUAAGCGUCGUCUUUACGGUCUCCAAUGUGCCCAGCCGGGCCAUUGCCGCCAUUGUGGAUACGCUGCGGGGUCAGCCCCUAGUGAAUGAGUCCACAUGGAAGGGUCAACGAAAUGAACUCGAUAUUCCUCAUGCGGGAGCUGUACGGUGAAAUAGGAGCCUACUAUCAGUAUCGCGGCUCCCUGACAGUGCCCGGCUGUGGCGAGAAUGUUGAGUGGAUCGUCAAGGCCCAGGUGCAGACAAUGACACGGGAUCAGAUGGACACCUUGUGCCAUGUGGGAGCGGGCUACAGUUUGGCCCGGGCUCACAUGAGCUAUCGCGAGAUGCAGGAUACCAAUACGCGAAGGGUUUUCUACUUUAGAGAAAGCAGCGCAGCCAACAUUCCAGUGUACUGGAUGAGAGCAGGAUUUAUUUACACAUUUAUUUAUAGUGCCAUAAUUUUUUUUAUUUGAAGAAACUUUGUACAAUACUUUUAUACGUUUUUGUCUCUGUGCAG